UUAUCAUUUUUUCUAUAUUUAUAAUAGAUUUUCCCAUGUGAGUGCUGAUCAUAUCUAUUAUCUUUUCGCCUCGUUAAUGAUUAAGUUACAUUAUAAAAGAUUCUAGUGUCUCUCUCUCUCUCUGAUCUAUUUUGGAACACGAAAGUUUUGUUCAAGAAGAAAAACAGACAAGGAGGCGGCAGAAAGGGAUACUGCAAUCAGGAGUUUUCUUGCAAAAAAUCAUGUCAUCUCUGUCAUGGCUAACAUCCACCGAUUGUUCCAUCUCCACUGCUCAAUCUUCUGAUUCGAGCUCGUUUUCGAUGAUACUGAGGUGGUUAGAGUUCCUAUUUCUGUCACCGUGUACGCAGAGGAUUCUGUUUUUGGCCAUUGAUCUUGUUCUUGUAUUAGCCCUUUUAGUACUAGCAUUCAAGAGGGUGUACCGUAGAUUCCUAGUAGGCCGAGAUUCGAGCUCCAACUUUCUUGAAAAACCUCUUCUUGGAGCUGAUAGUUGUAGUUUGAGAUUGAGAGUCACUCUUUGGUUUAAAGUUACAAUUGUUGUGAUAACUCUCUUGGCUUUAUCCCAUGCUGCUGUCUGCGUUUUGGCCUUAAGUCGAGGGGUGAGAUCCGAAUGGAAUGGCGUAGAGGUUUUAUUCGACUUAUUUCAAGCAAUGGCUAAUGUAGUGCUUUUGGUUGUCAUUGCACAUGAGAGAAAAUUUGGAGCUGUUUCACAUCCAUUGCCCCUUAGGAUGUAUUGGGGCUGCAGCUUUGUGUUUGUUGUUUUGAUAUUUGCCACGGCUCUCAUUCGUGUAGUCUCGAAUAAGGAUGUUGGUCAAGAUAUGGAAGUGGAUGACAUGCUCUCCUUAGUUAGCUUCCCUUUAUACAGUUUCUUGUUUAUCGUUGCCAUCAAGGGAUCAACCGGGAUUAGGACGGAUGAUGGAGAAGAUGUUGAUGGAAACUCGAGACAAGAACUACAAGAAUCCUCUUUAUCUGAUAAUUUGAGUGGCUAUGCUACGGCUUCCUUGAUCUCUCGAGCAAUGUGGAACUGGAUGAAUCCUAUCUUGAAGAAAGGGUACAUCUCUCCACUGCAGAUGGAUGAUGUACCUUUGCUCCCACCUGAUCAUCAAGCUGAAAAAAUGGCUGAGCUCUUCGAACAGCAUUGGCCUAAGCCUAGUGAGAGCUCCAAGAAUCCUGUAAGGACGAUGCUUCUUAGAUGUUUCUGGAAGGAUCUCGCCUUCACGGGCUUCCUCUGCGUUGUGCGUUUGGCUGUCAUGUACAUUGGGCCAGUCUUGAUCCAAGGUUUCAUCAGUUUCACGUCCGGAGAUAGAAGCAACUUGGAUCAAGCUUUCCUAUUAGUAUUUGUACUACUUGUUGCAAAGUCGGUCGAAGUGUUGAGUUCCCAUCAGUUCAAUUUCCUGUCCCAGAAGCUAGGGAUGCUGAUCCGCUCGACUCUGAUCACUGCUCUGUAUCAGAAAGGGCUCAAGCUGUCGAGCUCCUCGAGGCAGGCUCAUGGAGUAGGCCAGAUUGUGAACUACAUGGCUGUUGAUUGCCAGCAGCUCUCUGAUUUAGUGUAUCAGCUGCACACGUUGUGGCUUAUGCCGUUUCAAGUUGGAGUCGCGCUGGUGCUGCUGUACAUCUAUUUAGGAGUAUCCGUGGUGGUCUCGUUGGUUGCAGUCGUGGCAGUGAUGCUCGUAACUCUUUCAAUCACUCACAGAACCAAUGCGUUCCAGUUCAACCUGAUGAUGAGCCGCGAUGUGAGGAUGAAGGCCACGACCGAGCUGCUCAACAACAUGCGCGUGAUCAAGUUCCAAGCUUGGGAGGAACACUUCUACAACAAGAUUCGAUCUGCUAGGGACAAAGAGUACGGUUGGCUCGCUAAAUUCAUGUAUACCAUUUCCGGCAACUUGAUCUUGCUGUGGAGCGUGCCACUUUGUGUGACUGCCAUCACGUUCGGAGCUGCCACAUUGCUCCGCGUGCCUCUUGAUGCUGCAACAGUUUUCACCGCGACUUCAGUCUUCAAGAUCUUGCAGGAGCCGAUUCAGAGCUUCCCACAGACGCUCAUCUCGGUUUCUCAAGCUGUUGUGUCUUUGGGGAGGCUUGACGGCUACCUGACUAGCCGUGAACUGGAGGGUUGUGUCGAGAAGGGAGAAGGGUGUGGUGGUGAGGUUGCAGUCGAGGUGAGAGAAGGCACAUUUUCUUGGGAUGAUGAAGGGAAUGAAGCAGUUCUUGAAGGUUUGAGCUUUGAGGUCAGGAAAGGAGAGCUUGCUGCCAUUGUUGGAACUGUUGGAUCUGGAAAAUCUUCCUUGUUGGCUUCUGUUCUUGGCGAGCUUCGUAAAAUCUCAGGAAAGGUGACAGUUCGUGGGACAACUGCUUAUGUCGCACAGACAGCAUGGAUACAGAACGCGACGAUUCAAGAAAACAUCUUGUUCGGAUCACCAAUGGACAGUGAGAGAUACAAGAAUGUGAUAAAGGUCUGCUCUCUGGAGAAGGAUUUGGAGAUCUUGGAUCAUGGUGAUCAGACGGAGAUUGGAGAGCGUGGAAUCAACCUCAGCGGCGGCCAGAAGCAACGUAUACAGCUUGCUAGAGCGGUGUAUCAAGAUUGUGACAUCUAUCUACUUGAUGAUAUAUUCAGUGCAGUUGAUGCUCACACUGGUGCUGAAAUAUAUAAGGAAUGUGUGGGAGGAGCUUUGAAGGGAAAAACAGUUCUACUCGUCACACAUCAAAUCGAUUUCCUUCACAAUGCUGAUCUGAUAUUGGUAAUGCGAGAUGGAAAGAUUGUUCAAUCCGGAAAGUAUGAAGAACUCCGGCAAUCCAAACUUGAUUUCACCACACUUGCAGAAGCUCACGACACCUCCAUGGAGCUAGUCGGAAGCAGCUCAACUGCCUCUUGUGCAGACGACGCACACACACCGGAAUCACCCCUUGGAGAAGCGCCUACGUCGCCUAGAACUGAGCCGGGGAAAUCCAAGGCCGGCAACAAGCUCAUUAAAGAUGAAGAGCGAGAAACUGGCCGAGUGAGUCUCCGUGUGUACAAGCAGUACUGCACGGAGGCAUACGGAUGGUUGGGAGUGUCGGGUGUUGUGAUCACCACUUUAUUAUGGCAGCUGUCUCAGAUGUCGAGUGAUUACUGGCUCACAUACGAAACUUCGGAGGGGCGUAGUUUCGUGGCGUCUCUGUUUGUUGGCGUCUACUCAGGCAUAGCUGUUGUUUCGUGCAUUGUCGUGGCAGUGAGAUCACUGCUCGUCGCGUUCUUGGGGCUCGAAACAGCUCAGAGCUUCUUCCACCAGAUACUGGACAGCAUUCUGCACGCUCCAAUGUCGUUCUUUGACACAACGCCGUCUGGCAGAGUGCUGAGCCGUGCGUCGUCUGAUCAGACGAAUGUUGAUGUUCUGAUCCCGUUCUUCAUGAGCAUCACCUUGUUUAUACUCAUCGCAUUGAUCGGCUCGUUGGUGGUAAUGUGUCAAUACACUUGGCCUACAAUUUUCCUGAUAAUCCCACUUGUUUGGCUCAACAUAUGGUAUCAGGGCUAUUACAUCACAUCGUCUCGUGAGCUGACGAGGCUCGAGCAGAUCACCAAAGCUCCGAUCAUCCAUCAUUUCUCGGAGACACUCUCGGGCGCCACAACCAUCCGUUGCUUCGCAAAGCAGGAUGAGUUCCUUCAAGGGAAUCUAGAUAGAGUGAACUCCAAUCUGAGGAUGAAUUUCCACAACAAUGCAUCGAACGAGUGGUUGGGUUUCCGUUUGGAGAUGAUCGGAAGCCUUCUCCUUUGCAUCUCCACCGUUUUCAUGAUCUUGUUGCCAAGCAGCAUCAUCCAACCCGAAUACGUUGGAAUGGCUCUCUCGUACGGCCUUCCACUCAAUGCUAUACUAUACUACACUGUCUACCUCGGGUCACUUCUUGAGAACAAAAUGGUCUCUGUGGAGAGGAUAAAGCAAUUCAUAAACAUUCCAUCCGAAGCAGCUUGGACGAAGCUCGACUCUCUGGCCUCUCCCGAUUGGCCUGACCGCGGUCAGAUUGACAUCAAAGACUUGCAGGUUAGGUAUCGGGACAACACUCCGUUGGUGCUGAAGGGAGUAUCUCUGAGCAUCAACGGAGGUGAGAAAAUCGGCGUAGUUGGUCGAACUGGAAGUGGCAAGUCUACUUUGAUCCAAGUCUUCUUUAGGCUUGUGGAGCCUUGUUCUGGGAAAAUAAUAAUUGAUGGAGUAAACAUAUGCAACCUCGGACUGCAUCAACUUAGGUCUCGUUUCGGAAUCAUCCCUCAAGAACCGGUCUUGUUCGAAGGAACCAUUAGGAGCAACAUUGACCCUCUUGGGUUGCACUCGGACGACGAAAUAUGGAAGAGCCUUGAACGCUGCCAACUGAAAGAUGUCGUCUCAGCAAAACCUGAAAAGCUAGACUCUUCAGUGACGGACUCCGGCGACAACUGGAGCGUGGGACAACGGCAACUCCUAUGCUUGGGGAGAGUUAUGCUGAAACGCAGCCGGAUUCUCUUCAUGGACGAAGCAACGGCGUCCGUUGAUUCUCAGACAGACGCCGUCAUCCAGCGGAUCAUUCGCCAAGACUUCUCCGCAUGCACCGUCAUCACCAUCGCGCACAGGAUCCCGACCGUCAUAGACAGCGAUCGUGUUUUGGUCAUAGACGACGGACUGACCAAAGAAUUCGACAGUCCAUCGAAGCUUCUAGAAAGGCCUUCAUUGUUUGGUGCUUUGGUUCAAGAGUAUGCUAACAGAUCAUCUGGAUUGUGAGAGUUUGUCAUUUUUGGAUUCAAGUCUACCGUGGUGUGGUGCGACCUUUAAAUUUCUUUUGUUAAUAUUGUUAAUUUAUAAAAAAAUAAAAUAAUAGAAAGUGUAUAUUAUUUUUCUC